AUGAGGCUACGAACCCUGCUCUCUGCCUCGCUUCUCGGCGGUCUUGCGUCCGCCUCAGAGCAAGUCGUGCUCGACUCGGACUCCAACUCGCCAUGGACGACGUUCCCGCGCGCCAUCAAGCGCGUAGCCGUCAUCGGUGCUGGACCCUCCGGGCUCCAAGUAGCCGCCGAACUGCAGGCGCAUAAGUUCAACGUUACCAUCUUCGACCGCGCGCCUGGGCCCGGUGGGAACUGGAGGUUCACGGACGAUAUUCCCGUGCGCGAGGCGUACCCUGAUUCACCGGUGAACCUCAACCCGUACACUCCGAGCAAGCUUCCGCAUGUGGAGUACUAUACUGAGGGGCAAGACGGACGUACGCUCGACGAACGAUGGCGCGCACAUUGGGUUCCGCGGCCUGUGUGGAAGAAUCUACAUACGAAUUCGCCUAUUAGUAUCACGGAUCUUCCUGGUGUGCCUUAUCCUCCCAACACCCCAUGGGCCCCCGGCCAAGCCAUAGUAACCGCGCACGUCCGCGGCUACGCCGCCCUCCACGGCUUCUCCUCCUCCGACGACCCCUCCGCAGUCUCCUACAACACGCGCGUCGAGCGCGUCUCCAGAUUCUCCAAAUCCGGCCAGUGGACCCUAACGCUGAAACGUCUGCGCAAGCUCGAGGAGUCGAAUAGGCUCGAGGAGACGUGGUGGCAAGAAGAGUUCGACGCUGUGGUCGUCGCUGUGAACGGGCUGGAUCCGGAGCAGCCGCAUGUUCCUGAUAUACCGGGGAUUGUGGAGUGGAGUGGCGUUGUGGAUGGGAAGAGCCCGACGGGGUAUGGGAUUUAUCAUUCGAGGUCUUAUCGUCGGCCGGAGCACUAUGCCAAUAAGACGGUGCUCGUCGUUGGCGCUAGCGUAUCCGGUUCUGAGAUCGCCCGUGACAUUGCUCCGUACGUCAAGACUCUCUACGUUAGCCGCAAGGCCUAUGACUGGGAGAAGCUCCACCCCUACCAACGUCGCUCAUUCAAGCGCCUACCUGCCAAUACGAACCUGGUUCCCGAGAUCGCGUCGUUUGAGCCUCUCAAAGGACAGGGGAUUCAGUCCGGCAAGAUUGCAUUCGUCAAUGGCUCAACUCUCGAACUGGGUGUUGAUGAGAUCAUCUUCGCCACCGGUUACGUUCACGUCAACCGUGUCUUGGCUCAGGUAUCGAAGGACACUCGGCCGACGGAGUUAUUCCGCUCAUACCGCAAUACGCACUGGACCGGACACUACAUCCCAGACCCUACGCUCGCCUUCACCAACUCGCGUCCGUGGACAACGGUCCGCUACCAAGCCCUCGGAAUAGCCAAAGUCUGGGAAGGCACCGCGCACCUGCCCAACGAGGCGGAGCUGUGGCGGCAGUACAACUCGACGCGAUACCGCUCGUUCUGGGGCCUCUGGGGAACAGAGCAAAGCGAGGCGUUCCAGCGCCAGUGGGUGACUUGGCUCAACAACGAGUCGUUAGAGAACGGCGGCGCUCUGGUCGAGAAUUGGCCUUUCGACCGCCGCGAGCAGUACACGCACUAUAUGAAUCUGGCGACCCUGGAACCGUACAUCACCCUGGAGAACUUCACGCGCUUCGACGAUGUUCCGGCCUCGGAGUGGGGGAAGAAGAGCGGAUAUACUUUGCAGGAUGUAGAAGAGGGCCAGUUAGAGCGUGAGAUUGUAGAGUAUGGGUUGUGGUAG